AUUGCUUCAUUCCUUUUUGACAAUGGCGGACGAGGUGGUUCUGCUGGAUUUCUGGCCCAGCAUGUUCGCGAUGAGGGUGAGGGUCGCGCUGGCUGAGAAGGGGAUCGAGUACGAGUCUAAGGAGGACGAUUUGUGGAACAAGAGCGAUCUGCUUCUCAAGAUGAACCCGAUUCACAAGAAGAUCCCGGUUCUCAUCCACAACGGCAAACCGGUUUGUGAGUCCCCCAUCAUCGUUCAGUACAUUGACGAGGUCUGGAACGACAGGUCUCUGUUUUUGCCCUCUGAUCCUUACCACAGAGCUCACGCCAGGUUCUGGGCUGAUUUUGUCGAUUUGGUGCUUGCUUUUGCUGAGCAUUGA